CCAGCACCAUCUUUCCUCUUUCUUCGUCUCGCCGAGAAGCCUGAGCUGGGCCGCACUUGUUAGACCACAUCCCAUCCCACGCUGCACCCAUCAUACUCAUCCCGUAUGUGCCUGUCGAGAAAGUCCGUCUUGGCUGUGACUGCUUGUCUUGUCAUCGCAAUAGCAAUCAAGUUCAACUUGAGCACACUCAAUCACCACCUGUCCGGGCCGACGCCAUGCCACCAAGCACCAUGGCAGGCCUGUCUUCUCGAAUCGACGCUCUGCGCCCAAAAAUCGAAGAGCUGAUGCGUAUAGGCGGCACCCCAGGCCUUUCCCUCGGUAUUAUGCACCAAGGGGAACGCGUCUACUAUGCCAGUUAUGGCUACCGCGAUGUCGAGCAGCGUCUUCCGCUAACAGACGAGACUAUCCUCCCCGUCUGCUCUUUAACGAAGGCUGUCACUUCAGCAGCUUUAGGAAUUCUUGUCGAUGAGAAGAAGUCGAACUGGGACACGUUGGUCAAGGACGCUCUUCCUUCAUUCAACAUCAAAGACGACAUCCUGCAAAACCACAUGACGCUCUCUGAUCUUCUCUGCCAUCGAUCAGGCAUGUCGUGGGGCGAUAACCUCAUCAUUGGUACCGAGAACAAUAUACUCAUCAGUGAAAAGGAUUCUAUGGCAUACCUCAACAGCCAGACUCGCUUGCUUCCAUUCCGCGGACAAUUUGCCUACAACAACCUAGCGUACGAGCUCGCCGGCAAAGUCAUCGAGUCGCUAAGCCAGCAAUCCUACUUCGACUUUGUCCAGAGUAGAAUUCUUGACCCGCUGGGCAUGACCCGUACUUAUCUCAAAACCCCCCCUUCAGACCUGGACAACGUCGGAAAGUGCUACAACGCGCUCGGUAACGGAACCUCGGCACCCGUUACCUGCGUCCAGGCUGGGAAUGACUGGUUCGGGACUCCGCACGCGGGGAUGCGAUCCUGUGUCAGCGACCUCAUGAAACUAUACAAGGCUUUCAUGACGGGCUUCAACGAUCAGAUUGCGUCUGGGAAGACGUCGACAGAUAAGCUGCCGUUGAAGCAGGUCAGCCAGCUCAUGUCGGCCAAGAUAUUCAUGGACCAGCCUUCCAGAAAUGAGGCAUCCUACGGUUUCGGCUGGGGCAGAGUUCAACUUCCCGGGAGACUGGGUCAAAUAGGCAUCAAUCCUGGUCUGAUGCCGAACGGGAUGCCCAUCGUUGGCAAGGGAGUCGCGCCACGACUGGUCAUUUUCCAUCAGGGAAGUCUGCCCGGCGCCCUCUCUCUCAACCUCCUUCUCCCAGACACCGAGAGCGCGAUUGUCAUCUCUUCGAACGCUCUAGCUCUCAAUGAUGUUCCCGACUGGGUCGGACAGCUCGUCCUCGAGGAGUUCCUCGAGGUCCCCGAGUCGCAGCGGAACGACUAUAUCGAGGCUUCCAAAAUCUCAUCGGCAGAAAACCUCAAGUGGUACCCUAACCUUAUCAAAGAGCUUCAGCAAGCUCAGAGGAACGGAACAUCUCCAAAAGAGCUUGAGAGUUAUGUCGGAACAUAUUGGGACCGUCUUCAUAUUUUCAAGAUUGUCGUCACCGUGGAGAGUGGGGCGCUCUACUGGGCUCUCCAGGGCCUCGAGUCGGAGAAGUUCCGCCUCUCUCAUUAUGAGGAUGACGUCUUCACCUGGCUCCAGCCACGCGAGGAACUGUCGCGGCGUGGUCGAUGGGUGGGUACCGAUCAAGGACCGAGCUUCUGGAAGGUCGAGUUCAAGAUAGGUGAAGCUGGCAAGCCUAACCGUCUGUACUGGGUGCACGACAACGAUGUUCCAGCGGCCGAGUAUAGUAAAGAGUGACUCAACGGCAGGCAUCCUGUCCGAGCUGCCCUCUAAUAGCCCAAACUCAGAACCGACUGUUCGGGAGCCCUUACGUAGCAAGGACUUACUUAUGCAGGCAUGGGUGGCUAUUUUCCACCUGUGGCUAAUUCGCAAAACCAGCAGGCAGAUGAUAGAUCUGUCA